AUGGAAUUCGAAGGGGAUCCUUGGAAUAUGAAAAAUGAUUACAGAGGUUCCUCCAAGUUGUAUAAGUUGGGAAUCACUGAAUUACAGGCAAGACACAAUCGUAGAGUUGUGUCGAGGGAUAACCUGAGAUCAAAGGCCCAAACUGUCCGGUCAGUCAGCAAUCUGGGUGAAUCCGCAGCUCGCACUUACGCGAACGUCCUCCUCUCCACAACAGUAGUAUCUCUCGAAUCACAAGACGGAGCAGGUGAAAUGUUUCUCAUAGGGAAAGGCGUCCUCGUUAUUUCCUCGUGUUUGCUCUUCUUGGUGGCUUCGAGUUCGCCAAGAAAUGUUUCCCCUCCUGUCAUCAACCCAGGCUGCACAACAUCAUGCUCAGAGCCAUGGGUAGUCCACAUUAAAGCUGAUGGGGAGAAUGACACGAUCCACCACAUCUGGGGUAUGCAUGCUGCCCCUUCCUUCCUCUUUGCCACAACAGAUUUGUCCUCUGAGCUGAAAGUCAACUGGAAGAAAUUGCAGGCAGGAGAAGAGAAGUCGAUACAGUUUGAUUCUCCACCAAAUUACGUCUUUGGAUUUGCUAUACCCAAUUUGAUACUCUUCAAUGACGUCAAUGAUACAGGCAAAUUGGACGGUAUCCCUGCUGAAGAUCGGCAAGUUGUUUCUAUGUCAGAGUUUGAGUGGGAGGUGCAAGAAACCUUCAACGAUUCAACUCGAGAGGCAGCAGUGAUAUUCAAGACUUCAAAGUUCAGGGGAGACCCCUUGCCCAAUGACACUCACAUCAGUAUUCAGAUGGCAGCUUAUGGUGUGGAUGGUAGAAGCACAGUGUUACCACACCUCAUUAGAACACCUGACUCUGCUCAAUUUGACAUUGUGCUGGAUCACCUCUUUCUGAAUUUAAACUCAACAGAAGGAAUAACUCUUGAGAAGAAGCCAGACUAUUAUCCAAUGAGUGGUUUUGCAAAACCUCGCUGGGCCUUUGAUUUCUUCUUGUUUAGUUCAGAGAAAGCAGAUGGAAAGACAAUACAAAUUUCAAAACAAAAGUCUCUUGAUGACGAAAAUACUCCUGGAGUUUUUCAUUUGGAUGAGAUCACCACACCAUUAUCUCGGGCAGGAAGUCAGGGAGGUUACCUUCAGUGGCGGCCAGUUAGCUACCUCACCAGUGAUCGUGACAUUAAUUUUUCCACUUUUCCCAAUAUCAAUGAGACUUUUCCACUUCUUGAUAACAUUACACUUGCAAAGUCCUCUUUGGCAUAUGCACUGCUUGGAGAGGACCUGUUGACAAGAGUCACAGCCACAACAACAGUAGCAUUUGGUCAGCCAAAAGACAACUUCUACACUGGCAAUAACUACACAACAUGGACUGUGGCUAUGGGGCAAGGUUCCCCUCCCGUAGAGUCAUUUUCAACCAUGGUAAUUAUCGUCAUUAGCUUGGGGGUUGGCAUCCCAGUGCUUAUGUUCCUCAUUGGAGGUAUUGUGAUAGCCUCACGCAGGUGUCGUCAGUCAUCUGAUCAACUCCUGCUGAAUUAGCCCUGUCAACUUUUUUGUAUAAUUACCCCACAAAGAUCUUUAUGGAUUUAUUGUUAAAUGGUCACUUGUAUUUUCUUGCUCUUUUUUUCUUUAUUUGAUAUACUUAUAACAUAUAUCAAAACUUAUGAAAUUAUGCCAACCUUAAAUGAUAAAUUAGUUCUCAUGAAAAUAAGUGCCUUUUGAGAUUGUUGCAUGGUUUUGUUAAUGUUUCGAUACAACAGACAGACUUGAUACAACUCCAGGUGUUAUAGCUGGGUAAGCUUUGUAGAAAUCAUCUUUAAGGUUUGAUAAUGUUAGCACAUAACACCCAAACCACUCGCCAAAUGAUGGCAUUUACUAUGCUUGAGUGGCUGUUUGUGAGGUCACACAGUGCUAGUUCUGUGGUUCAGUCAUUGUUUGCUUUGCAUCUGGAUUCCCAAUAAAUGAUAGUAUUCAGCCAGUUUUGUAAGACUGUAGCUUUGAAUGCAGGGGUACAGUUUACAUCUCUAGUGUCCCUUGUCUUCAAUAUACAUCCGGAAUGGAUUAAUACCAAAUUCACUUGAUAUGGUAUUUUUACAUGUUACUAGAAUACUAAUAGAAAUUAAAAAGUAGCAGUGAAUAAUUACUGAAGUUUUCCAGAUUUUAGCACUUAGUAUCUGGGUCUUUCUAAUUCUAAAUUUCUGAAUUUCAUUCUGCAUUAAUGUAAUUCACUGGGAAACUUUAUUUUUAUAUAAUUGAUUUUAAUAAUUAAUUGGGAUAUACAUGAUUUAGAAGCAGGUAUAAAAAACAGUGACAAACAGUGACUGUAUAUGGUUCUUCAUAUAUAUAGGGAUUAAUUAAAGGUGCCUUAACAUCUUGAUGAAAAACUAGCAUUAGGUAUAUGAGAUUCACAGAAUUAGUGUAGGAGUGUUUGACCACCUUUACACAGUAGUAUUAUAUAAUAGUAUUGCCAUGGUGUUGACAGUGAUAGAGUUUAUAUAUUAACCUUAUUUUAGUAAAUUUCCUAGAUCACAGAAUUAGUAAUGUUUAAUGGGACCAAUAGUAUAUUAUUGUAUUUACUAACCAGGCCACAUUAUUGCUAGUCAGAACUUUUACAAUUUAGAAUUAAUCCAUUGGUGUCAGUAGAUGCACCGACUGCUAGUUUUCUUUUGUCAUUUUUUUUACUCAUAGAUAGCUCCUCAAGUGCUUAAUCACCAAGUAAUCAAUUACUAGGGAUACCUGAUCUUACCUUUUUACCCCAUUCUUUGAAAUUUUGAAAACAAAAAAUUGUAAUACUAUUAUUAUUAUUAUUGACAUCAAUCUUAACAUUUAUUAUUGGCAUCAUCAUUUUUAUGUUAUCAGUAGUACUACUACUAAAAAAAAAAAUUAAAAAAAUUGGUAACCAAGCACUUGUAGGGCCAGUUAAGUGUAAACAAAACUAGCAAAUCCAAAUCACCGUGGACAGGGCAUAUUGGCACAUAUAUAUGCCUUGCUCACAUGCCCUUCCAUCAUCAAAGGGUUAAUGGAUCAUGUAAUUUUUUUUUUUUUUUUAAAUAUUUUGAAUACCAAAGUUGACCUAAUAAGCCUAGUUCUAUAUCUAUGAUUUGAAAACCACAUCCCAGGGAACAGUAUGUGUGCAUGCAUUUUUCUUGUUUCCCGUCUGUCUUUUAUUAUUUUCCAAAUGGAAGUUUUUGAAGAUUAACUUAGUUGGUGUCAUAUGCUCAGGUGCUGUCAUCUGACAGUUGUGUAGAGUGAAUCAGUUCCUUAGAUUACUAUCAUUUUCAUUUAAAAUAAUUUUAAAAACAAAUGGUUGUGAUUUAAAAAGUUGGUAUGUCAUUUGAAAGCACUUGCUUUAUCAACCCGACCUGAAUUUUUUACAUAGAUCAGUACAAUAUUUAAAGUUUUUUUUUUUUGUUUUGUUUUUUUUGUAUAAUAUGGUUUAACUUUUAAUAAGUAUCACACUUAAUCUGAGGGCUUUGUUAUUUUUUCAAAAGAUCAGAGGUUGUAAGAAUAAUGGUGGUGUAUGCAGUUGAUGUGAUGCCAGUUUUGUUUAUCUAAAAAAUCUAUAUUCCAUACCCUGUGUUAAGAUACUGUGGUUGUUUGAUCUCAUGAAAGGGAGAGUAAUCUAUGUGGGAAAAAACAUAAACCAUUUUAUUGUAACUUAAUGAGGUGAUAUUUAUAAGAAAUGCAUUAUUAUAUUUUAGUACAGUUAGGAGUCCAUAUUUCUACUCAUAGCGGAUCUAUAAGUUUGUCAUAUAUUUGUCACCUCUUCAUUGUCUGAAUAGUAAGCACGCUGUUCCUCUAAACAGUUCCUUUUGGUUAGUAUGGCUUUUAUUGGGAUCAGGAGUGUUUUAUCAAGUUCAAUUACCAAGUACUGGACAUCAUACCCUACUAAAUUACACAAUGCUUAAUCUCCCUGUAGGAUUUUUCCAUGAUAUUUCUCCAUAAAUAAAUGUGAUAACUGUAUGGUUCUCAUGUGAUAUAUGUUAUGACUUACAUCUGAGGUGUAAGCUUCUGUAUUGGAAGCAGUUAGUAUGCCUUAGUCUGCUUCACAAUUUCUUGAAGGAAAUAGUAAAGAAAGAAGUAAUUCAAUUUGCUUUUUGUAUGAGCAAAUCUGUUAAAUAAGUGGUAAUAGCUAUGGUUGUCUAUUUUCUUUGUUAUAUUUUCAGGAGGUUGAAAUGAUGUACAGAUGUAUAGUUCUAUAAGGGUUGCUAACCUGAGCCUUUGGAUAGCUACAUCUUUGUUUGUACUAUUUUGAAAUCAGAAACAUAUUCAUCAAUCCAUGUAUAUUAACAGAUUCACCUCGGUAUUAUGCACCCACCCCCUAAAAAGUAGGCACAUUUACUUGUCAUGGCCCUUACCCAAAGAAUUAUUUCUACACUUAUUACUCAUUUAUCCAAGGGUUUAAAGACCACUGAAUUAUGUCAUAUCCAUUUAAAACUAUCCAUAAAUGUACUUACAAUAAAUCAGUGACAGGUGGCACCAACCAUCUGCAAGUCCAUAUCAUGUUGGUACAUAAACCUCAGAGGUUUCUCUAUUUACACCACAUAUACAUUCCAUAGAUGACAGAUUUACUUAGAUUUACUAUUCACAUCUUUAAUUUGAUUGAAGAUAUUAUGAGAAGUACUAUCACUGUCUAAUGUGACAUGUCUUUAUAUCAUCUGUUGCAUUCAUUUAUAAAGUAAUAGCAUAAUGUUUAAUGAAGUUAUAAAGGAAUAUGUAUAUUCUGUAAUAAAAAUUAUAAUUUUA